AUGGCCACGAAAAUUUCCCCCGCAGCGACAUCCCGCGAGCUGCGCAAAGCAGUACGUCGACCAGGUCGACUUGAGCAGGCCUUCAACGCGCGCUCGCGCCUAGACCUCUCGUCUUGGGUGAUCUCCGUCGCACAUUACACCCAUCCUUCCCUUGCCCUCACCAAGGCCCUUCUAUACUCCGCCCUCGCCUCGGUCGUCACCACCAAGUUGCCCGUGCUCGCCGCCCACCUGCCCGCGCUUCCCGCACCACAGAUAUGGACGCGCAUGGCUAUCCUCGACCUCGAAAAGGUCGUGACAUUCCUCCCCGACGCCGGCAUGGAUUUCACUGCGUUACAACACACUCUGGAGGCGGAGUUCGAGCGCCCCAUGGAGUUCCGCGAAGACCUCGCGUUGUGGCGCAUGUGGGUCUUCACGGACGGCACCGUCGUCUUCGGCUACGACCACUCCAUCGGCGACGGCCAGUCAGGGCCUGCGUUCCACGCCCAGCUCUUAGCCGCCCUCUCCCUCUUGCCUACCGACCCCCCGGAGGUCUCGAGCAUCGUCGACCUCGGCGCGAUCACCGCGGAGCUCACACCGGCGAUCGAGAGCGUGGCAGACAUGUCGGUGCCUCUGUCGCAAGUCGUGGGCGGGCUCCUGCAAGAACAUGUCCCCUGGAUGGACCGGAAGGCGCGGUGCGCGUGGACGGGGAACCCGAACCUGCCGCACAUCGAGCUCACGUGCCGGGUCCGCGUCGCGUACGCGUCGCCGGCCGACGCCGCGAAGCUGCUCGCGGUGGCGCGCGCGCACAAGACGACGGUGACGUGCGUGCUGCACACGCUCAGCAUUCUCAUCGUCUCGCGGAUGAUCCACGAAGCGGACUCGGGCGCGGGCGUGAAGUACGAGACGAUCCCGUCCGCAAUCCCCAUCAGCCUCCGGAGCCAAGUGGGGACCCCGACGACGGCGAUGUGCAACCACGUCUCGACGUACACCUCGCACCGCGGGAUCUUCCCCAAGGACGUCGCCGCGGCUCCGGUGUCGCCCGCGAGCUUCCCUUGGGCGGAGGCGACGAAGCUCGGGGCGGAGCUGAAGCGCGCGAGACCGGAGGCGGCGCAGCGCAUCGGGGCGAUCAAGUACCUGUUUGGGAAAUACGACAAGCACUAUCUCGACAAGCUGGGAAAGAAGCGGAGCUAUGGGUUUGAGCUGUCGAACCUGGGCGCGUUCCCGAAGGGUGAGAAGAAAGACGGGACUGAGGAGGGCGGCGGGUGGGCGAUCCGCGAGCUUUGGUUCGUGCAGUCAGACGCGACGCUGGGCGCGGUCGUCAAGCUCAACCUCGUAGGCUCGCCCGAAGGCGGACUGGGGAUAUCGAUCACUUGGGGAAAGGGUGCGAUCGGGGACGAGUUCGCGGAGACGUGGGUGAAGCGGUUCAAGGAAGGGAUGCAGGCGUUGAUUGCGGAGUAG